GAAGCAGUGCUGAUAGCGGAAGCAGCACAUGUCAGCUCGGUUCUGUUUGAUGAUGAUGAUGGACCCGCUGGAGGCGGUUCUGGAUGAAGUGGCUCUGGAGGGUUUGGACGGCAUCAGUGUUCAGACUCUGUGGUUGAGGCUUCAGACGCGUCAGCCCGUGUUCGGAAUGAAUCUGGACCCGCUCAGUAAACAGUUCAUCUGGAGCGCAGUGAGCCGAACACCUGAGAUCCGAUUCUACCUGCUGCCCGAACCCAGAAAACCCGUCACCAUACACGACCGGUUUGUGGAGGUGGAUCAUAACACUGGCAUUCAUGAGAUGCUUGAGGCUGACCCGGAUGAUGUGUAUCCAUUGAGUGUGGUAACCGAUGACCCGGACGGCAUCCAGGGCUCCUGUCUGUACUACAAAGAGCGCACGGACAUCACGGACCGGAUCAGAACCGCUGAGCUCAAAGCGCUGGUGACGCUGGAACAGGCCCAGACCCGGUGGGGUGAGAAACUGGUGAUGGUAGCGUCUCAGGAUGUCCGUUAUCGAACUCUGAUCGGGCCGGAGGGGAAUUCUGAGCUCAAGCUACCGGAUAUGUGCUACUGUAUACUGGAGAGACUGGGCCGGGCCCGCUGGCAGGGUGAACUACAGCGAGACCUGCACAUACAUGUGUUCAGAACGGAUGCAGGUAAGAUGCAUUAUCUCAGGAGGGCUCUGGACAGAAACAGAAUGAUCACUUUACAGCCACACGUCAUGCGACUGCCAAAAGGAGGACAACAACAUUCACUGCUGCUGCUGCUCAAACGAUUCCAUGUGGACAGGAGGGGUAAAUAUGAUAUUCUGAUGGAGGCCACAUCUCAGAUCCUGUCUGAGCUGCCCAAUAAGAUUGGCAUCAUGAUUAAAAUCAGAGGGCAGCUGCGUGUCAGCGAGCGCACAUUCAAACGUGUGUAUCAGUACAUGACUGCAGCUAAGAUGGUGAGUGUGUUGAGUGUUCCUCUGCAAGAACUCGACCCCGACGGAAGACCUUUCAAAACACAACGAGGCACUGACGUGUAUGUCCGCUGUCUGAAGCUGCUGAAGCCGUAUGGACAGAAGGAAGUGGAGGAGGAUGAGGAGGAUGAGAACAAUGAUGAAGACGGUGAUGCGAUCGUGAAGGGGAGUGAUCUCGUGGUGCCUCGUGAUAUCGAGCGUGACAUGAUCACACAAGCCUACGAUAUCGUGGUGUCGACCGGGACUAGAGGGAUCUCUCAAUCAGCAUUAAGAGUGAGACUCAACAUCGGAAAGCUGGAGGGACGAAUGAUCUGUAGAUUACUGCAGCGAAUCAAUAUGAUCAAGGGUUUUAUGGUGGAUGAGGGCCGUCAGAGAACCACCAAAUACAUCAGCAAACACUUUGUGGAACAGAGUCAACUCAACGUGAAGUUCACUAAAGAACAAGAGCGCAGCAAACACCUGCGUACCACAUACCUCACAGAACCAGAUCCAGAACCCCAGAACCAGUCAGAACUGGAUCCAGAACCGAUUCAGCCCAUGGAGGUCUCGGAGGAGGUGCUGGAGGGCAGUUCUGAGGGGCAGGAGGCACAGACGAGACUCCAGAUACCCCUGCAGACCAAACAGUCCAAACUUGUCUUCAAGAAAAAGCCUUCAUCUUCACCUCGAGUGGGCGGAGCUAAAUCCUCACAGAAGGCUAAAGCACGGCAGAAAACAGAUGAUUCGUGCCCCAUCCCCGCUGACCACGCCCCCAGCACGAGUGCCAGCCAAUCACAUGUGGAAGACGCACCACCGGUGAUAGAGGAAGUGUUCACAGAGGAGAUGAAGAAAGCUGAAGUUCACGAGACGUAUCGACUGCUCAAACGCAAGAACAUGAUCAUCGAGGCCGUACGCUGCAGCAAAGUCAUCGAGGGCUUUUACUCGCUGCAGAAGCUGCUGACUGAAGAGGAGAGAAAGGAUGGCGUGAACUCUAAAGUGUGUAAGAAGAGUGUAGUGAGACUGACGCGCAUGCUGUCUCGAGAGGGACUUCUCAAACUCUACCGGACCAUAGUCAUACAGGACGGAGUGCACAGGAAGGUUGAGUUUGUAGUGCAUCCGUCUGUCACGCCUGAUGAUCCGCUGGUGAAAAGCACUAUUGAACAAAUCCGCUUGCGCAUAUCCAGCUCUGCAUCUGCAGCUCGGAUCGAGCCGCAGACCGUCAAGACAAAGAAAAGUUCAAAAGAAGCAAAGGAGAAAAAAGCGUCGACUUCUUCACGGCUGUCUCAUAGCGGUGCUCCAAAGAAGAUGGAGGAGAAGAUGGGCUUCAAAUCGCUCAAAACAUUCAGACCCGUCCUUGUUCCAGGACUCGGCCGUUCUUUCGGCUUCCAGCCGAAGAUGCCUCGCUUGCGUAUCGUUCACGCCUUUCUGUGGUACCUGAUUUAUGGACACCCUCUCAGAAAAUCCACACCUGCUGACCCUGACCCUGACCCCCAGAAGCAGUCUGACCCCAAGACCGCCUCACCCUCCAUCACAGACGGACAGACGGAGGAAGGCACCAGUGUGACUGAUACAGAACGGUUCAAGGUGUACGUAAACGCGUGUAACUGGAAGAGGUUCAUUCCUCCGAUGCCCGUGCACAAGGACUUCGGUUAUGGAUGGGCACUCGUCAGUGAUGUUCUCAUAUCAAUGCCACUCAGUGUGUUAAUGCAGGUCGUCCAGAUCAACUAUAAGGUUGAAGGUUUGGAGCAUUAUUUAAAUGAUCCAAUAAAGCAACAUUAUCUGAUCAGAUUCCUGCCUCCAGAGAUGAAGAGACAGCUGCUACACAAGAGGAAGUACAUCUUCAGUUUUCAUGAGAAUCUGCAGCGCUUGUGUUUCAUGGGUUUGCUUCAGUUCGGCCCUUAUGAGAAGUUCAUGGACAAAGAUCAGGUGUUUGUUUUUCUGAAGACAAAGGCCACGAUCUUGGACACGACGGUGUGUGACCCGCACUAUAAUAUGGCCAUUGAGAACAUCCGUCCGUUUGAGAGAAGACAUUAUGUGUUCAACAGUUCACAGAACGUGGACAAUUACUGGUUUGACCUGCUGUGUGUGUGUCUCAACACGCCUCUAGGUGUAGCACGAACGCGCCCUAACGUAGGUAAAGGUGAGGCGGAGGGGGCGGAGUCUGAUGUUGCCAUGGGAACGGAAUGCAGCGUCAAACUGCAGUACAUGUUACAGGGCAGCUCUGUCGUGGUGGAUGAUGGUGUUACCCCGGGCGACGGGCAGGGCGCUGGAGGACUAGACUCCAGCUUCUUUGGUCAUCUGAAACGCAACUGGUCGUGGACCAGUCACCUGGUGAACACGCACACACAGAACGCUGAUUCUAAAGGAAGUCACACCGUCAGACUGAGAAACCUGCUCUCCAAACACCCUCCACCUAAACUUGCCACACACGACGCAGUGCAGACGGGUGUGAAGGUGCUGCCCCCUGCAGUCCUGGAGGAGGACGUCACCGUGACCACUGAACCGUCCAGCAGAAACGAGGAGGUGCGCGGAGGACGAAAACUCCAACGCAACCAACCGAAGAAGGAGAUCAGCAAACCAGCACACAAGAAGGUGAAAGGUCCUAGUGUGAGGAAGAGACCAAGUCAGAUGCAGGAUGAGACGGAUCGUAAAGCUCUUCUGCAGAUGACCAAACAGAGAGUCACCUGGACACACCUGGAGGACAGUUUACUGAUGCUGUGUAGAGUCACCAGCCACUUCCUUAACCGCAAGUUAAAGAAGCCGUUUGUACCAUGGACGGUGGUUCGAGACGUUCUUCAUGCUGAGUUUGAGUUCUCACUGGAUAAAACAUCUCUGGCAGUCGGCCGACGCACACGAUACAUCAUGAAGAACCCACAAGCUUACCUGAACUACAGGAUUUGUUUGGCUGAAAUGUAUCAGGAUAAAGAGCUGAUCGAUAAAUUCAUGAAAAGAAACAACGACUACAACGAUCCACAGGUGUGUGCUGCAGAGUAUAAAGAAUUUGUCAGUGCUCUGAGGUCAAAGUUCAGCUCCAGCUCCAGUCCCAGUGAUGUCAUCUUACCAGACACAAAAGAGGAACUUUUCAACAAAUUUAAGCUGUAUGCAGUUGGAGACGUGACACUUGAACGCACUACAGACGUUUUGAGAAGCCCGAAGGACAUUCAUGUUCUGGUGCUGUUUAAUUUAAUUCAGAGCACUCUAGUGCUGACGAACGCUCAGAUGAAGAACUACAGUGCCUUCCCGACGUUCUGUAUGUACACACGGUAUCAAGAACAGGUGUUGUCUGAGGCGUUUCAAGUGUGUCGGAAGCGUGGUUUAGUGAACCGGCGCCGUCCCACCACCAUCUACGGCCUGAAGAAGUGCCACGCCCUCCCGUUCCUGCCCAUGUCCUUUCAGCUGUCACAGCACUACUACAGGUUCUUCACAUGGCGUGUCCCCAGCACCGUGUGUAAUGAGGUGUUUGAUCUGAUGAUGGGUUUAUAUCAGGCCGGCGGCAGCGACAGACCCGACAGCUUCUCCUUCCAGAAAGACCCGGAGAACGACAGAGACAAAGACCAGCGACAGGAGGAGCAGGAAGUGGAGAGGACACCAGAGGAGGAGCAGACAGAGAAGCAGAAGGAGAUGGUGGUGAAGGAGGAUGCAGACACACAGGGAAUGCUGCAGUUCCCAAUGGACGCUCCGGGAGGCGCAUGUGCAUGCUGUCUAUCUCUCAUGACUCUCGGGCUGCUGUCUGUGGAUGUCAGUAUUCCACAACAGAUUGUCAUCAUAGACAGCAGCGUGAUCGACCACGACAUGCUCAAGAGUCUGACUAAAGCACUGGAGGAGGAAGAUGAGGAUGAAGAAGAGAGGAAGAGGAAGCCGGAGGUCAAACCUAAUCAAGUGUCUCACACUAAUUACCUGCUCAUGAGAGGAUUUUACGCUCCAGGAAUCCUGCGCUCACACACACAAACGCACAACUCCAACUGCACCGACAACAUCAUGAUCAAUGCCUGCACCUUCCACAUGCAGCUGAGACAGACACCUAAAAACACACUCUUCACACAAGACGCUGAUGUCGUCUCAGCGCUCACUCCGUCCUCUCCUCCGACUCUGCCGGCAUGGUUCAUGCGUGUGUAUCCCUCAACAGCGGUGGAUCUGCAGCCGUUCUUGGACAGGUGUGUGAGUGUGUUGGGAUAUGGACCGCUGGACGUCCAGGCGGUUCAAGAGAUCAGAGACGCCGUGGAGCAGGAGGCGGAGUUUGGCAUUGACAGACAGGACCUCUGUCAGCGCUUUGUACACCUGGAACUACCUGAGAACGGCCGCAACCGAUCACUACAACAAUAUAUACAGGAUCUGGUUGAUGGAGAGCAGCUUGUGGAGGUGGGCGCUCAGUCUCAGAGGUUGGUGAGUUUGAAUGCUGCGUCUCAUUGGCUGCUGCAGAGUGUGGGUAAUGGUGAGCAGACACAACAGGUGUCCCUGAAACGAGGCCCUGCCUACAACCCCAGCCAUGCCACACCCCCACCAAAAAAGAGGCGGGUCAUGGAAUCUGAUUUAAAGACCGUUGCCAUGGAUACAGUCUCCACUGACGCAGCUGUCAAACACACCGUUGCCAUGGAUACAGUCUCCACUGACGCAGCUGUCAAACACACCGUUGCCAUGGAUACAGUCUCCACUGACGCAGCUGUCAAACAGACCGUUGCCAUGGAUACAGUCUCCACUGAUGCAGCUGUCACACAGACCGUUGCCAUGGAUAUAGUCUCCACUGAUGCAGCUGUCACACAGACCAUUGCCAUGGAUACAGUCUCCACAGACGCAGGUGUCAAUCAGACCGUUGCCAUAGAUACAGUCUCCACAGACGCAGGUGUCAAUCAGACCGUUGCCAUAGAUACAGUCUCCACGGAAGCAGGUGUCAAUCAGACCAUUGCCAUGGAUACGGUCUCCACAGAGACAGCUGUGAGUCAGACUGAUGCUGAACAGACGGUUGUUAUGGAGAAGGCGGUUCUUAAAGAUGCCAUUGAUUCAGAGCAGCAUACAUCAGAUGACAAAGGGGUACGGCUUUGUAAUGACUCCGCCCCCUCCCAAAGCAAAGAUGGAGAUGGAGCUGUUGACCAGGAGAAAGACAGUGAGAUGGUGAGGUUUGUGAGUCGUCCGUGGCGUGUGGUUGACGGCUCGUUGAAUGGUCCGGUGUGUAAGGGCAUGCUGGAGUCUCUUCUGCUGCACAUCAUGAUGAGUCCAGCGAUCUGUGAGUCUGUUCUGCUGCAGCAUUACAUUGAAGUGCUUCAACCCGUCGUGGUGCUCGACCUGCUGCAGGUGUUGAUUGAGUUGGGCUGUGUGAGGAAGCGCUACAUUGUUCAGCAACACAAGACGUCGCUGUUCUCCAAACCCAAAGUGCCACAGAUCAAAGGUCAAUCAGAGAUCAGUGUGAGGGACGCGGUGACGGCGUUCUAUGAGCCCACAGUGGACUGUAUGCUGAGACUGGCACGAGUCUUUCCUCACGAGCUCAACUGGAAUAAGUGGGUUCAACUCGGUCUGCGAGUUUGAACACACACAACACACACGUGUACGAAAGGGGAAAAUGAAGACAUUUAUGAAUCCUGUCUGUGUUUUGAUGUUUAUUCUGCUUCUGUUGCACAUAAUAAAGAGAUUUUUCACUAAA